UCGAAGAGCUCGCAAGACCGACGCAUCUAUCGCGAGGUUAUCACAUUAGCUUGGUUAGUUAGCUAGCUGCGGAAACCCUGAACGUGUGUCCGUUGUUUAUGAUUUUAUUUUAUUCUUCUAAAGCGCUGAGAGGGCUGAGCAGUGCUUAUUGAUUAUUGAUUCCUAACGCGUGCAGGAAAGCAUAAUCGCCGGACCUUGUGUUUGCACGGAUCCAAUGAUGAGUUAUGCCGAAAAGCCAGAGGACAUCACAAAAGAAGAGUGGAUGGACAAAUUAAACAACGUUCACAUACAGAGGGCGGAUAUGAAUCGGCUCAUUAUGAAUUACCUGGUGACAGAGGGCUUCAAAGAGGCAGCAGAGAAGUUCCGGAUGGAGUCUGGUAUCGAGCCGAGUGUGGACCUGGAUUCUUUGGAUGAAAGGAUAAAGAUUAGAGAGAUGAUCCUGAAGGGCCAGAUUCAGGAAGCUAUUGCACUCAUUAACAGCUUACACCCGGAGCUGCUCGACACCAAUCGAUACCUGUAUUUUCAUCUGCAGCAGCAACAUUUGAUUGAGUUAAUCAGGCUAAGAGAAACUGAGUCAGCACUGGAGUUUGCUCAGACACAGCUGGCAGAGCAGGGGGAGGAGAGCCGAGAGUGUCUGACAGAGAUGGAGCGAACGCUAGCCCUUUUGGCAUUUGACAACCCAGAAGAGUCACCCUUUGGAGAUCUGCUCAACAUGAUGCAGCGGCAAAAGGUGUGGAGUGAGGUGAACCAGGCUGUGCUGGACUAUGAAAACAGGGAGUCGACACCCAAACUGGCCAAACUGCUGAAGUUGCUGCUGUGGGCUCAAAAUGAGCUGGACCAGAAGAAGGUGAAAUACCCCAAAAUGACUGACCUUAGCACAGGCACCAUCGAGGACCCCAAGUGAACACAACAGACAAGAACCACCACUUUCCACUUCCCCUUAAUUUAUGAUCAGUCAGUGACUGUGUGACAACCAGGUAACAUAUAUGUAAAAACAAAUGCUACAGUGUUUCUUUUUUUUCAUGUUUCAUUCAUGAGAGGUAAGACUUAACUCAUUGUGCAAACUGUAAAUUGCUGUAUUUGCAAAGUGGCAGAAAUUAUUUAGUUUCAGUACAGAACCUGGAUUUUUAGGUAGCUCUCAGAGACAACAAAAUUUAAAUUGCUGUUUUAUAUUUUGUCUUUUUAAGCUACGAUGGUAGUAUUAUUUAUCGUGAACAUUUUCCCCACCAGACUUUACUUUGCCAGGAAAAGUUGAUGGUGUGAAUGAGCACUGUUGGUACUGUGCAUAGAACGGGGAGGGAGGGGGGGAUUGAGACUCUUGAGACUGGUGAAAUGAGAAAAAGUGACUAUUUUUCAAAUAAAUGGAAAUCUACACUUUA